AUGACCAAGGGUUCCGAAACCACCAUGAACACUCCCCCCAACGGUGCCUCCCCUGCGCAGACUGUGGGUGGCGCUCGUACAAACCUUCUGCAUAGGAGGAACGUGGGUAGUAGUCAGAAGGCCGCCCCUGCAUCGGGAAGAAGGGCUGCUGGGAACUCUAUCCUCAAGUUCUACACUGACGAUGCUCCGGGUAUCAAGGUUGGGCCUACCACGGUGCUGGUCCUUUCCCUAGCUUACAUGGGAUGUGUCGUGUGCCUUCACAUUUUGGCCAAGUUCCGUUCAGUUGUGGCUAGCAGUACUGGUGGCGCUGAGGAGGCCACUGAUUAA